CAGCCGCUGGACUCCAUCCGAUCACUCAAUCAACGUUCUCGGAUCUGUUAAUUUCUGAUUCCUGGAAUUGCUUCCGCUUUGACAACUGCUUGUCCCUGCCAGAAGAGCUCCAAACCAACCUCUCUUCUAACCCUUUUUAACCCCACUAUUUCUCCAAUGGUCGAGGGUAGCAUUUUCACAAUCCACCCACUCUCACCUCCUACUUCUCCGCGCAUGUCUGGUUAUCAUCACGACUCUGAAUCUGGGUGGCAACAAGGUCACUCAUCUAAAGACCUCGAGUCUACCCCGUGUUCGACGGACGGCAACAUGGCUCUAGUCCAUACGGAGAUGCCUAGCCUGGCUCUUGACAUGCAGCAGAGACCAAUGCUUCGCUCGCAUAAGAGUUAUCCCUAUCCCCUAACCACUCCAUCUCGUGCCCAUCAGGAGAAUACCCCGGCAAACAGCUCAGGUGCCUCUCCAACUAGCGCCGAACGUGUUAUGGGUGUUGACGAUGUUGACGAUGAAGAACUCCCCAAUGUUACAUAUGGCGGGUCCGCACCGGCUAGUCCAAUGUCCAGGCUUACACCCACGUCCGCUCAAGGAGACAGGAAUGACAUGAAAGACAUGGAUCAGCAGCAUCAGCAGGAUCUCAAUGGACUCAACAUCACUACGAUCGAAGCGAACGAUGAUGAGGUCCCGAAACCUAUGACUGCACAAGAGCUACGUAACCAGAAGCGGAAAAUGAAACGAUUCCGGCUCACACAUAAUCAAACCCGUUUCCUUAUGAGCGAGUUCGCUCGUCAGGCCCAUCCUGAUGCCGCGCAUCGUGAGCGAUUGGCUCGGGAAAUUCCAGGUCUCAGCCCGCGGCAGGUGCAAGUAUGGUUCCAGAACCGACGAGCAAAGCUGAAGAGGCUCACGAGCGAUGACCGGGAGCGAAUGAUGAGAUCGCGAGAACUACCCGACGGUUUCGACCUCACCCAGGCACUUCACUCGCCGUUUGGGACUAGCCAUGGAGUUGCGCCUUCAUUGAGUUCCAGCACCUACACCCCAAGCUUCCCGGAAGGAAAUAUGAUUCGCCCACUGACCUUGGAUACGAUGCGGAGAAUGCCUGACUCUUCCCAUCUCUCUCCAACUGGUGUCUCCCCCGCCUUCGGAGGUUUCGCAUUCACUCCCCCACAGUCCGCGACGGACACCCUUUCUCCUGUUUCGGCCGAGGGUGGGUUUGCUUUCUCUCCUGUCGACACCAGUCCACGCCGCGGAAAUCCAUUCGGAUCGAUGCCACCGCAAUCCGCCUAUCCCACGUCGCAUCCUCACAUUCCACGUCUACAGCUUCAUGAUCGAAUGGGACGGUCAAGGUCUGAGUCUCUCUCAAGUCCUCUCCGUACGAGCAUGUCAUAUUCUGGUCCUGGGACCGACUUUUCUGGCCCCGAUCCCACUAGCCCGGCUCUGAAUAGCGCUCCGCUUAGUGGACCGGAUCAUAGCAGCGAACCAAGGAGUCCAUCAGGUCUCAAUAUUAACUAUGGCCUUGGAUACUCAUAUGCACAAAUGCCUGGAUUCCAAGCCACUGCAGCUAAUCGCAUGCGAUCCUUUUCCAAUGGCAUGCCUCGGCGAAUUGACUUGGCUGGUGCAACCUCCUCUUAUCAGCCUACAUCACGACCGGGUUCCGUCCACGCUCCUCAGACCGCGACUUACCCCAACUACCAGUCCAGUCCGCUAGGAACGCCGAAUAACUACAACCUUAUGAGCGCGCCACAUCACGUCACCAAUUUCCAACACAGCUAUAUGCGGCAAGACUCCGAAGGCCCAGACGGUUCUCACUUCUCAAGUGUCGAUAACGACGGCUCUGGGAUGGGACAGGACGGCUCUGGGAUGGCACAGGAAGGAGAAGGAAUGCAGCACCAGUACUAAGCCUCGCAAACCACCCAUUCACGGCUGUACCAUCCGCAUCCUUGGUGCUUUUAACGGCAUCAUCUUGGGAAUGCUCCCUUCUCCAUUGUGCGAUCUCCUCAAGGAUCGAACGCACUUCCUGUCUGGGUUACUCUGUACGAAUAAUGGCUACACGGCGCAACGAGGUAUAAUAUGUGAAGACGAAAUGACAUGCAAGAUGAGGGAAGGAGGAAAUU